GUUUAUAGCUUCAUUUGGGUCUUGCUCCUUCCCUCUGCGAUGCUCGAGUAACGCUUACACUUGCCGGUUAUGGCUGCCCUUUCGGAAACAACCAGCGUCCUGUAUCGCUCUUUUGAAAUUCUUGCAAGAGUUGAAAGGAAGAUCUUAUCAUGUCCUGGCACGGAAGCUCUCGCAUUCGUUUCGGAAAUUGACAUCCUGGACGCCAUUGCAGCUCUCAGGGUGGUUGCCUCCGGCUAUGUCGGCUUGCCAGUGCGAAGCGCUUGGACAGCGCUUAGCGGAGAGUAUGUUGGUAUACUCUUGUCGCUGUAUUCACUGGCUUUGCGUGGCUCAUGCCCAUCGCUGGCACCCGCCGUUCCAGAGGAGACUCGCAAAACUUAUAUGGAGCUUAGAGCUAUGCUCGCCUCUCAUCUGGAGGCUGCUGUAAAAGACGGUGGCAGGAUCAUGCCCUGCCGUGCUUACAUGGAUGUCGUAAAGGGGCUGCUGCGUACUCAGGCACUCCGUUGCUACGCCGCGCUUCUGGCAGACGAAUCCAAAUCCGUGAUGCUAGGCCACCAGGUGCAAGGGGCGCUGGACUUGCUUCACGAGUCUCUGGGGCUCGUACGCGCCCUUCUAAUCGAUUGGUGCUUAGAUCAGCACCCGUACCCGCCCGGGCCGCGAUGGUUCUGCGACAUAAACGCCCACCUCGGUGAUGAACUGGAAGCCAGUGGAUUGCUGGAGCACUGGGCUUGCACGUUCCUGCAUACCUUCCCGUUGUGCGGGUACACAGACACCGUGACCAGCCUGCUACACCAGCUCUCCGAUGUGCUCCAGCUGCUGCUUGCUAGGCAAGCCAAGUGGGGGUACUUACACUUUAGCUUCAUGGACUUCAGCCCAAGCCUGUCGUACCUGCUGUCAUCGCACCUGGUGAGCUUCUGCAACCUCCUGGACGGCGGCACAACAUACGGCCUGCCAGCGGGGGCCGUGGUGGCGCCGUUAUUCACCGACCGGGGAAUGCCCCUGCGGUGGGCCGACCCGGGGGAGGUGCUGUCAGUACAGCUUGCGACUGCAGGGGUGUCUCUGUGGUCACACUACGUCGGGGAGGUGCAAGAAUGGGUAAGCGCGAUAUCAUUCAGAAGCAUCAGACGGCUAUCAUCCCACCUCCCUGCGGGCGCUCGACGCCAGCCUGGCCUUCUACCCAGCGCCCUACCCAGCCUUCGGCAGCAUCUCCGUCACCACAUAUCCCGCUUAAAGCAGGCGCUGGCAGCAGUCGAGGCGGCAACCGGCGUGGGCUUGGCGGGGAUGCACGACGCUCUGGUGCCCGACCAUGAGAACCCUCGGCUUGAACGGAUCCAGCAGGACAUCACGGACUGUGAAAUCGCAAUACAACAGUUCAUGGAUUUACUGCCAAAUUCUGGUGUGCCGCCACUCAACACCCAGGCCGGGUUCAGUGUCGCCAUGCGGGUCGCCGAGGUCACACUUCAACGCAUUAGGCCUGCCGCUUCUGGGGGCGCUGCUUCAACAUCUACAGCACCUGCAGCAGGGCCCCUCCCGCUGCUUACCUUUGAGCAGGCGCAGCUCGUGAUUGGGAACGCCCUCCGGUGUGCACGGAAGAUGUGUGUAAACGCGGCGUUUGUGAAGUGGCAACAUAGGUUCAUCCAGCCUUGGCAUUGGGACAGCAUGACCCGGUUAUGGAAAGCAGCCCUCAAGUGGGUCGAGACGCUUGCUUAUAAGGGCUGCGACAUGACGGAGACCGGGGAUCUACUAAAGUUGCGGGUCCCCGAGGAAGGGGGCCUAUCACCCGUGGUGUGGUCGGCUGAUGUCGGUGCGGCACUGUUGAACGGCUACGUUCCCCAGGUUGAGUUCCUGGUGCGGCGCCUGUCCGUGGACUUCUUCCAUACCUGGCUUGGUUGCCAAGCUCCGGAAGCUGUUCUGCAGCUGCUGUGCUUCUCAGACGAACUGGAGAUGGCGGCUCUGAUUACCACGGUAGCCAAGGUGCUGCGGCGCGGGGCAAGUGUGCUGGCAUCUCAGGGGGCCGCGUGCCCCACCCAGGACCCAACUUCCUCAGCCGCAUCUGCAGCAGCACCCCACCAAUUACCUCACAUGCCGCCAAAUGACAGCGCUUACGGUUUGGGCCUGAUGGCCUGUCGCCUUCUUCGUUCGGCAUCAGGUGUCUUUGGAGGUGAUUCGUCAACUGGACCGUGGCUGGUGAGACAAGUGCUGGCUGUCACAUCCGCAAGGGGCCCGAGAGAGUCACAGCUGCAUUGUGGGGUCGGCCAGGACGCAGGCAGCGGCUCUGCCAGCAGGGGCCAGGACGCAGGCAGCGGCUCCACCAGCAGGGGCCAGGACGCAGGCAGCGGCUCCGCCAGCGGGGGCCAGGACGCAGGCAGCGGCUCCGCCAGCAGGGGCCAGGACGCAGGCAGCGGCUCUGCCAGCGGGGGCCAGGACGCAGGCAGCGGCUCCGCCAGCAGGGGCCAGGGCGCAGGCAGCGGCUCCGCCAGCGGGGGCCAGGACGCAGGCAGCGGCUCUGCCAGCGGGGGCCAGGACGCAGGCAGCGGCUCCGCCAGCAGGGGCCAGGGCGCAGGCAGCGGCUCUGCCAGCG